CCUUCCUUCCUUCAGAGCGUCUCGGCCGUCGACGCGCGCGCGCGCUCUCGCGUUCUCUCGCUACACAAGUGGCGGUUUGUGCGCGUGAGGCCGUAUAUUCUAUCAAGGCCCCGGAGGCCCGUGGCGGCGGCGGCGGCGGCACGACCGCCGCCAUUAUCACCCGCGCGCGGCAAGGAACCAUCUUCCUCUCGCUCCCCCCGCGGCGUGUUUGGCCCCGCGCAGCAGCACCAGGAACUCCUCCUCCUGUUGUUGGAACAAAGGAAGGAAGCGGCGGCUGCGGCUGCAGUAGCAGCAGCUCCGGGACUCCCCUCCCGCUAGAGCCGGGACAGCGGCGCCUCCCCUCCUCUCUCUUUGUCCCCUUCUCCAACAAGCAGGAGCCUCGCCAGGACCCAACGAGCGGAACAAAAUGGCUCAGGAGACCAACCAGACCCCAGGGCCCAUGCUGUGUAGCACAGGAUGUGGAUUUUAUGGGAAUCCUAGAACUAAUGGAAUGUGUUCAGUCUGCUAUAAAGAACAUCUUCAAAGACAGCAAAAUAGUGGCCGAAUCAGUCCAAUGGGAACAUCAAGUGGUUCCAACAGUCCUACCUCAGACUCUACAUCUGUACAGAGAGCAGAUACUAGUUUAAACAACUGUGAAGGUGCUGCUGGCAGCACAACAGACAAAUCAAGAAAUGUGCCUGUUGCCGCCUUGCCUGUAACUCAGCAAAUGACAGAAAUGAGCAUUUCAAGAGAGGAGAAAGUUACUCCGAAAACAGAGACAACAGAGCCAGUUGUUACUCAACCAAGUCCUACAGUCACUCAACCUAGUACAUCUCAAAAUGAAGAGAAAACACCUGAAAUGCCCAAACCAAAGAAGAAUAGAUGUUUUAUGUGCAGAAAGAAGGUUGGCCUUACAGGAUUUGACUGUCGAUGUGGAAAUCUGUUUUGUGGACUUCACCGUUAUUCUGACAAGCACAACUGCCCAUAUGAUUACAAAGCAGAAGCUGCAGCAAAAAUCAGGAAAGAGAAUCCAGUUGUUGUGGCCGAAAAAAUCCAGAGAAUAUAAACUAACCUACUUGCUGAAAAGACUGACUUUCUUUGUUUUUAUUUUAAAAUAUCCUAGGAAAACAUUAAAGAGCAGAUGCAUGGCCAUUUUCCUUUGAUGUUCUCCAGAGUUUUUCUUUAGUCUGUCUUAUUGAUUGAUAUUUUAGGAUAUUGUGGGUGUUACAGGCAGAAUUGGAUAGAUACAGCCCUUUAAAAUGUGUACAUGCCCUCCCCAGAAUUAAUUGAAAGAGUAAGACCUGCACUGGAAAACAGACAUGCACAAAGGACAGAGUUGUCUAGUUCACAUGUGCCAAACAGAUGCAUAAAAUCUGCAUGUUUGCAGCAGAUUUGCCUUUUGGGAAUGAAAUUGAGGUAUAUCAUCCUUGGAUAGUGCUACGUGCCUGUUUGAUUAAAAGAUACACCAGGAAAAAAAUGAGUCUACUUUUACCAUAGUUAAACUUCGUCCUGUUUUAAUUUCCACAAUUCAUUAUUUUGAAGCUGAGUUGCAGAGGAGCCACUUUCCUAAUGAGAAUGGGUGUUCAGGUGCCAUAAGCUGCAAUUUAAGGUUACCUGCUAAAUGAAAGCAAGAAAUCUUGAGUCUGAAGGGUGAAAUCCUUGGAACUGAUAAAAAUUGCUCAACUAUUAAAACUGGUUCCCAAAGGAAACUUCAUUUUCAGAACUUUAUGAACUAGCCUACAACAGAAGACUUGUCUGCUUCUUACUCUUAUGUAGCUAAAUAAGUUGUGUAGCACAAUACUACAAGACUUUGUUUUACAGUUUACAAAAAGGCUACUUUUUAAAAUAAACUUAAUCACAGCAGCUCUGUUAAGUAACACAUGCAUCUGAUGAACCUAGUUUGCAAAUGUAUUCAAGCAUUUAAUUUCUCAUAUGCAUUUUAUGUUGAAUGUGUUCUGGGUUCAAGAGAAUGUUAGCUCUUAAUUUUUAUAGUUUUCAAAUGUAGUGAGAUUGCACCAUUUUGCAUGGAAAAAAAUCAUACCCAAUAUGGCUGCUGUAGACUUUAAGUGGUACCUGGAACCACUCUGAGGGCUGCUUUAUCAUUUUAAUAGUACUUGGGUGUAGGACUGUAGUGUUCUUGGGUGUAUUGCAUGGGCUGCAUUAUCUACAGCAUUGUACAAUAACAACUCUAGAAAAGGCAGUAUACUUCACUGAUGCUUGUCUGGUAAUAUCACUUCUGUGUUAUAAUGGAAGGUUUUUUUGUGAUGUAUGAAACUUGUGUUUUUUAUAUAAACAAGUACAGUUUAGACUAGUAUAGUGGUAAUGCCUGUUCUCAUCUGUAAAUAGUUGUGUAUACAUAGGGCACUACUUCUGACUUCUAUUGCAGUGUUCAGUCUUAGUUUUUCUUCAUUAAAAGCAUCAGGUUUUUGCUUUAAACUUUGUUCUCAGUUGAGUUAUUAGAUAUACAAAUGUGUACAGAUAGUUCAUAUUUAUGUAUUGCACAUAAUCAUGCUACCCGGCAUCUAUGCUAUAUUGUAUUAUGUAAAUAAUAAAAUCAUGUACAGAGGGA